AUGGUUGCUGAGUUUGAUCCAAUAAUGAAAGAACACAUUCGACGUGCUCAAGCACGUGAGAUUCAGUAUACCUAUCUUGGUCCUAAGAUUCAAAAUGAAUUAAAACAUAUGUUGGCAGACGAGAUGAGAAGUGCAAUUGUAAUGAAAGUGAAACAUGCAAAAUAUAUUUCUGUCAUACUUGAUUAUACUCCAGAUGCGAGUCAUGAAGACAUUUUGAUUCGUGGACGAUUCAAUAAACUCGUCAAUGGACUUGGACUUUUCACUGAGCUUAAAAACGUGCUAAGUAAUCUUGAGCUUGAUAUUGAUAAUAUAAGAGGACAAGGAUAUGAUAAUGGAACUAACAUAAGCGGGAGACAUAAAGGUGUACAAAAAGAUUCUAAAACAAAGAGUGAAGCUGAGUCCUUAGCAAUAUAUGAACUUGAGAAUUUUGAGUUUUUGCUUGGCAUGGUCAUUUGGUAUAAGUUAUUGCAUACAAUCAAUACUGUGAGUACAUUUUUUCAAGCUGAGAACAUGGAUAUUGAUGAAGCUAUCAAAUGUUUACAAGCACUUAUUUUGUUUCUCAAAAAGUAUAGAGAAACUGGAUUUUCUAGUGCCAUGGAUGAAGCUAAAUAA